UACUGCGAGUGCUAUGAGGCGAAGAUCCUGUGCUCGAGUCUCUGCAAGUGUUGCGGCUGUAAGAACUUCGAGGAGAGUUUUGAGCGCAAAACACUUAUGCAUUUGGCCGACGCCGCGGAGGUUCGGUCCGCUCAGCAGAACGUGGCCACGAAGAACAAGCUCUGGAGCUCCGACUUCAAGCCAAAACUGCCCAUUAGAGUGGACGGCGACCGACUCCCGUGUAGUUUCAUAACGGCAGAGGUGAUAGAGGCGACGUGUCAGUGCCUAUUGGCUCAGGCAGAACACGGCGAACGCGGCGACAUCGAGAACAAGAUAAUCGAGAAACUGGUGAUCGAAGAGUUUGGUCGAUGUCUCACACAAAUCAUCGAUUGCGCCGCAAAGACCAGAAAGUGAGACACCCUUUGCCCCCAGUAUUUGAUUGUAUUUGUCAUUUGUUUUAAUCACUUUUCAUCUCAUAAUUAGCUCCAAAUUCAAAACGGAAUUCAUGUAAACAUUUGACGCAAAGAAUUUCAUAAUUUAUUUUCUGUACAUUUCUUUUAACUGUAUUUUUAUUCAUCCGAUUAUUUUGAGAGCAUUUUGUUAUUUAUUUGAGUUUAAAACCUUUUGUCACUUUUUAAUGGUUUACUAUAUAUUUGUAUGAUUUAAAAAACA